AUGGCAGAGGACUCAUCCAGCUUCAGCGACCCCAAUGCGCUCAGUCCCCUCAUCUGCCGGACAGAAGGUGACCCGCGCCCGGUCGUGGUGAUGACCUGCGGAAUUGCAGGGUCGGGGAAAUCCUCCAUCUCCAAAUGGAUACAGUCUCAUCAUCCAUCGUUCCAGCGGCUCUCUAUCGACUCCUACAUCUAUAAUCACCACGGCCUGUACGGGGUAGACUACCCGAAAGAAAAGUACAACGACUAUCAACAAGAAGCCGUCACGGCGUUGCGAAGCGAACUCGCUCAGCUAGUCCAGCAGGGGUCUCGGGAUGCGAUUCUCGAUUUCGCAUUCGCAUUCCAAGAGACGCGCGACGAAUGGAAAGAUUUGAUCGAGGAGUCAGGCGGGCGCUGGGUGCUUGUCUACCUGGAUGUGGAGCCGGAUGAGUUACGGCGGCGGGUGCGAGCCCGGAAUCAACUCGCCGUGAAGGAUGGUGAUUCGGCGUUUUUGGUCACAGAGGAAACACUGGAGAGCUUCAUUCUCGGCUUCGAGAGGCCGAUCGGGGAGGGUGAGAUCGUGCUAUGUCUUAACGAUUAA